AUGAGCGGAUAUGAAGCAUCUCUUGGGACGGUUCUCAUUGGUGCACUGGUCAACACGUUUCUCUACGGAAUAGUCACGAAUCAGUAUGCAGUAUAUUAUCAACGCUUCAAUAGUCAACAGUGGUUAAGGAACUACCCCCAGAUUAUUGUUGUUGUUCGCCUAUCUCUUGGAUACAGCAUGCAGUGCUCUGUUCUUCACGUCGUGGUUCGACUCGAGGCUGGGUUAACAUGCAUACGUCUCCCAUUACAACCAUACGAGGUCUUCCCCGCCACCACAGCCUGUUCAGCAUUUGUAACCCAAAUAUUCCUUACUUGGAGAAUAUGGAGACUCACCCAGCAUAAACUCAUCGUCACCAUCUCCGCGUUUCUGGCGCUCGCUAGCCUCGGAUUUGGCAUAGCUUGCGGUAUCAAGUCGACGGUUUCCCAAAUCGCUGGCGGUCAGAGUUUGUAUAAGGCUGUUAUAACGAGAAUGGCUUGGAUGAUAUCACAAGUCGUCGCAGACCUGUUCAUCACGACACGAACUGGCAUCAAGAGAACAGACAACAUUAUCUAUCGUCUCAUCCGUGGCGCCGUCCAAACCGGUGUCAUCGCGGUGCUAUUCGCUCUUGCUAGUUUGGUAUCCUACCUUGCGUGGCCAGAAACCAACACUUUAUACAACUCGCUUUUAUCUCGCGAGGAUGCGAGAGAAGGACUAGGGCUACGUCGCGAUGGUGUGACAACCAUGGACAACAAGGGUCUUUCGACUGCGCGACACGCACAGUUUACGACAGCAAUCACGAUCACUGUUCCUGACCUUGAGAACCACGACGCUGAGAAUCCUGAUAAUACGGGGACGGAUGACUCAGAAGUCACAGUCUCUGCACGAGAGGGAGUAUGAUAUCCGUUACGUCUAAGGUUACAGGUUCAGAGGGCCUCACUGAUGUCCCGUCGCCUCGCUCGGGAACUGAAAUUCGGUUCUGAUAAUGCCAUGAUCGGUACAGGAAGCACCGCUUUGGUCCCUACCGAGAC